UGUCGUUGGACUCGCACCGAGUUGUACGCUCAAGUUUCUGUUUCUAGUGCGUGGAUUGUGUGGAUUUCGAAGCCCUUGUUUUUAGUUUGUAUAUAAGUAAAAUAAGUGCCGUGUUUUUGGAUUACAAUUUAGUGUACUAUUUAGUGUUGUCUCACUGUUGUUGCGUUCAGUCGAUGUCGGGGCAGCAGACGAGAAUGUUGCUGGUGUUCCUGUUGCUACAGCUGCUCCUGCCCACCCUGCAGGAGAAUAUCUCCGUUGAGGAGGAAGCCGCGGCGUAUUACACAACCAAGGAGGGAUGCGAGGCAAUACUUAAGGGCAACAAUGAAUGCGAAUGCCAGGAUCAGCGCAUCAAGUGCGGCAUGGUUACACUGAGCAGCUCCAAGCAGCUGUACAGGAUCAGCUGUAGCAUUUUCGAUGCACGCGGCUUUGGCUAUCUGCCUCCGCUCAAGGCCGGCCACAUUGGACGGCUGAGCAUCGAUAACUGCGCCAUACCCAAUGGACAGACCAUUCGGCACAUGCUCUCGAGACUGGGCAUCACCAACUACACCGAGAUGGAGAUCUCCAACUACUUUGAGACGCGCGACGAGCGAGAUGAGCUACUGCAGCAGCGAUUCACAAAUUAUCCCGGCCUGAGAAAACUGUCUAUAAUUGGCUUUAAGGCUGUGCUGCCUGCCACCUUUUUGGACAAUGUCACGGAGAUCACGGAAUUGACGCUUAAGGGCAGAAGCGAUUUAGCCGGCACGUUGCUGCAUCCACUAACGAAGCUGAAAAGACUAUCAAUUGUUGUUAGAAACAUGGCCAGCGUGGCCAGUGAGAUAUUCUCGAGGCAGUCGGAGUUAUUGCAACUAUCCCUGGACUGCUCGCUGAAGAACAGCAGUGUGGAGAUGUCCUUGCUCAGCUCCAAGGAAUUGUGGCACAUGACGAAACUGCGCGGCUUUGAGCUCCACAACUGUGGCGAUAAUGUGCCAGCCGAGCUGUUCUGGAAAUCGGAGAAUCUGUCAUACAUUGGCAUUCGCAGCAAUAUCAGCUACAUUGGCAGGGAUUUCCUCAAAGCGCAGAAGCAGUUGCUAAUGCUGCACUUGGAGCGCAACAACAUUGCCAGAUUACCGGAUGAACUUUUCCAUCACUCACCAAUGCUGCUCGAAAUUCAUCUGGCCCACAACAAUCUGGAUCGCAUCCAGGGCGGUCUCUUUGAUAAAAUUAAGAAUCUUCUGGUUCUGAAUCUGGAGCACAAUCCCAUAACAACUAUUGCGUUGAAUGCCUUCUCCACAAUACCCACGGCACGCAUUUAUAUCGGCGAUCUGUUCAAGCAGCUCAGCAACCAAGACUGGAUGCGCUCCACCAAUGCAACGAUCUGCGAGGAGGAAUUUAUCAACGGUGUCUGCCUGUACUGCAAACGGGAUGAGUACCUCGAUCAUUUUGCUGUCAAGGAAAAUUGCAACAAGCCCAACGAUCCUGGCAAACUAAUCGAAGUGCUCAAUCGUAAGGUUUUCGAGCAUCGCUCAAAACUGGUCAACACUUUUUAAACUAAAUCAAUUUCAAAACAUUUUCCAAGAGCGAAAAGUUGAAAAUAAAAGGGGACGACCAAUAUAAUAAAUAAUUAUUUUGUUAAGUAUAUUACGAAUCAAAGCGCAUAAUUAGCAAUUUCAUGACAAACAAACUAUUCUAUCAAUAAAGCCUAAUUAUAUAUUUUAACAAAAAAA